CCCGCCGGCAUGGCUGUGGUCAACCCCGUGCCCAAACUCUACAGAUCGGUCAUUGAAGAUGUAAUUGAAAGAGUGCGGAAUCUCUUUGCUGAAGAAGGUAUAGAGGAACAAGUCUUGAAGGACUUGAAGCAGCUCUGGGAAACCAAGGUUCUACAGUCGAAAGCAACCGAGGACUUCUUCAGGAGCAACGUGCAGUCCUCUCUCUUCACCCUGCAGCUGCCCCACGGCUUACACCAAACGUUGCAAACGUCAACAGCGUCUUUAGUUGUUCCUGCUGGCAGAACGAUUCCCAAUUUUACCACAGCAGAACUGGGCACUUCAAACUCCAGUGCAAACCUUACUUUUCCUUCCAGUAUUGGCUAUCCUAUCCACGUACCAGCUGGGGUGACGCUGCAAACUGCAUCUGGCCACCUUUAUAAAGUCAAUGUACCAGUGAUCGUGACGCAGACCCCUGGACUAGCGAGCGCCCCUCAGCACCCUCUUCAUCAGCUGUUCCAGCCUUUCGGGCCGCCCUCAGUCAUACAGACCGGCAUUCCGCAGUUGAGCCCAUCAGCGCUCCAAGUGACUACUGAAAAAUCACAGAGGCUGGACACUGUGUUCCCACAGCCCACUCUGCUACAGUCCGGGAUAGCGGAUAGGAAACACCUAGGAAACGUCACCACUGACAUAUUUGUGCCGCCUGGAAAUGAGCACAGAAUCAUGUCGGAAGCAUUGUUGAGCCAGCAGGAAAGCCCUCAGUACAUCAGUCUCCCAGGUGUUGUGUUUGCCCCGCAGAUCCCUCCGAUCGACGCGAACGUGGAGCCAGCGCUCGGUGUUUCCACCAGCACGACGCCAACCCUGCAUGGUGGGCCCUUUGCGACAGGCCCCCAGGGGGCUGUGCACCAACACACACCUAAUGCGCAGUGUUGUGUUCUUAAAAAUAGGAUGGAUGGAUGUGACUCUGUACAGGAGCCGAGACACACAGAGGAGCCUGUCAGCCUACCGAUUUCCAAGAAGCAAUCUAAUUCUCAGAUGGAUUUACAUAUUCCAGCCAUUGAUGAUGAUAUCAAUGAAAUCAUUCAAAUCGAUGGAACUGGAGAUACAUCUUCCAGUGAAGAAGUGGGAAGUACAAGAGAUGUCGAUGAGGCUGACUUUCCAGGGACUGCUGAUGGGGAAGAU